AUGUGUUUUACCGCCAUCGUCCCGACAGAAUUGCGAUUUCGAGGAAGAGCCGUUGCACCCUCCGGGUUCAAGUUCUACUCUCAUCCUCACUCCAGCUUCCAGAAAAACUCGGAAAGACAGAGUUCGCCAUCGUUCACACAAGCAACACUUCGGUUCGAGAAAUACCUUGCUUCUGGUAAUAUCUGGGAUUUCUGGUUAUGCCACCAUUCCACCUAUGGCAAAGUAGUCUUGAAAGUCGUUGACGAGCGAGACCCACCAUGUAUCAACCCAUACUAUGACGAGUACAUAGAUUCCUUGGAAAUUAUCGAACAUGCGCUUCAAGAAGAAGAACUCUUGAUGGACGAGCUGCGAGAUCUUCAGGGUAUUGUGGUACCCAAGUAUUAUGGCAUGUAUCAAUCAGAGACUCUUGGACCUAAUCUCGAUAUACCUUAUCUAGCUAUGUUAUUGGAAUACGCCGGAAAUCCCCUUGGACCUGGUUUUAUUGAUCUGCACGAAGAUUGGUUAAACAAAGUCUAUGAAGCGUACAGGGCGAUACAUACCCGAGGGGUUAUUCAUGGUGACAUAUGCACGCGACAUGUGCUGUACGACGAGUAUGGACGCAUCCGUCUUGUCAGUUUCCGUCGAUCGGAUUCGGUAGAUAUGAAAAACUUUAUGGACGUUCACAGAACAGUUAUGGAAGCGGCAAUAGUAAGGACGAGAUUCGGUUUUCAUGAACCCGAAUCGCUCGAUAUGUCAAAGGAAGUACCUGAUUACGCCGCUCAACUGGAUGAUCCCGACAAGUUCAUCGACUCGCUGCGAAAGAAGGAGCAGACGAACAUUGAAGUGGGUUCGGUUUCAGAGUAG